AUGUCAUCCUCCAAUCACACACAUCAAAAACACAUCUCCUCCCAUCACAAACGUACCAAACCGAAUGAAAAACAUCCCAAGUUCGGCCAUCUACCCCUCAGCACCAGCGGUCCAUUAGAAUGUGCUCUUACGGGUACCGCACUCCUCAACACACCAUAUCUCAAUAAAGGAGCGGGUUUUCCAGCGGAUGAACGAAGAACCUUUAAGUUGACGGGUUUGUUGCCGUCGAGCGUGUCGACUUUGGAUCAACAGGUUAAAAGAGCUUAUGAGCAGUAUUCUUCAAGAGACAGUGAUUUGGCGAAGAAUACUUUUAUGACUUCAUUAGCGGAUCAGAAUGAGGUUCUUUUUUACAGAUUAAUUCAAGAACAUAUGAAGGAAAUGUUCUCCAUCAUUUACACUCCAACAGAAGGCGAGGCAAUUGAGAACUAUUCUAGAAUAUUUAGAAGACCUGCUGGUUGCUUCUUAAAUAUCGAUGAUACGGAUCGUGUUCAUGAUGAUCUAGCUCAAUGGGGUGGACCAGAUGAUAUUGAUUAUAUCGUUGUUACUGAUGGAGAAGAAAUUCUCGGAAUUGGUGAUCAAGGAGUUGGUGGUGUCUUGAUCUCAGUCGCAAAGCUAGUCCUCACAACACUUUGUGCUGGUAUUCAUCCAAAUCGAACACUCCCAGUUGUAUUGGAUUGUGGAACCGAUAAUGAGAAGCUUCUCAAUGAUGACUUGUAUCUUGGCUUGAAAAAGCCCAGGGUAAGAGGAAAAGAGUACGAUGAUUUUGUGGACAAAUUUGUCCAAAAUGCUAAAAAGCUUUAUCCCAAGGCGUAUAUCCAUUUUGAGGAUUUUGGUCUUCCAAAUGCCCGAAGAAUCCUCGACAGAUAUCGUCCUGAAAUGGCAUGCUUCAACGAUGAUGUUCAAGGAACUGGAUGUGUAACACUCGCAGCAAUGAUGGCAGGUCUUCACGUGAGCAAAAUCAAACUUGAAGACACCCGAAUCGUUGUCUUUGGUUCCGGUACAGCCGGAACAGGAAUCGCAGAUCAGGUUCGUGAUGCCAUUGCUGCUGAUAGUGAAAAAUCCAAGGAAGAAGCCGCCAAACAAAUCUACUGCGUUGAUAAACCCGGUCUUCUCCUAAAGUCACACGGUGACAAACUCACUCAUGCACAAAUUCCAUAUGCUCGUGAAGAUUCCGAAUGGAAAGACAAAGACCAUGGAAACCUUCUCGAAGUAAUCAAAACAGUAAAACCACACAUCCUAAUCGGAACAUCCACGCAACCAAAAACCUUCACCAAAGAAAUCAUCCAAGAAAUGGCCUCCCACGUCGAACGACCCAUCAUCUUCCCCCUCAGCAACCCAACCCGUCUCCACGAAGCCGAUCCAAAAGAUAUAAACGAAUGGACCAAAGGCAAAGCCCUAAUCGCAACCGGCUCCCCCUUCCCCCCCGUCAAAUACGAAGACCACGAAUACGAAGUCGCAGAAUGCAACAACUCGACCUGUUUUCCCGGCAUAGGACUCGGAUGCGUUCUCUCCCGCACAAAAUUACUAAGUGAUAAAAUGCUCGUCUCCGCCGUCAAAGCACUCGCUUCUCAAAGUCCCGCGUUGAAAAAUCCAGACAAGGGUUUAUUACCUGAUGUUGCGGAUGUGCGUGAAAUUAGCGUUCAUAUCGCGAAAGCGGUUAUUAGAUGUUCGGUUGAGGAGGGUCUGGCGCAGGAAAAGGGUAUCCCGGGUAAUGAUGGGGAUUUGGAGGAGUGGAUUAGAGAACAGAUGUGGGAUCCGGUUUAUAGACCGUUGAAAUUGGUGGGGAGAGAAAAGGCUAGUAGAUAUGCGAGUGGGAAGAGUGGAACUGCUGAUUAA